CCAAUGCUCCCUUAUGAUGAAUUCGAUCCUGAUAAUCUCGAUAUUGAAGACAUGGUUAGAAAAAGAUGGAAAUCAAAGAAAGGUAAAAUUGUUGGAAUGCCAAAUAAUGGAUUACCUAAUUUUAAAAAACAAUUUAUCAAUGUAAUUAUCUUCCAAACUUUAGCCAAAAUAAUCUAUUGAUUAACCAAUGCCAGAAAAGACAAGAGAGUUUGUAAAGGAUAAAGAAAUAGCUAUUAAAUCAUUAGAUGGAUAACCUUGCCCAUUUCCUUUUCUAACAUGGGAAAGUACAUAAUUUCAUAAACAGAUAAUUAAUACUAUAAAUAGACUUUAAUUUAGAACUCCUACUCCUAUACAAUCUGUUGGUAACUCUAUUUUAUAAAAAAAUAGUAUUCCCAUUGAUUUUAAGUGGAUAUGAUGUUAUUGGAGUAGCUGAAACAGGAUCAGGAAAGACAUUUGGAUACUUAUUACCAGGUCUUAUUCAAAUAGCUUGUCAAAAUUAUCCUUAAAAUUUUAGAAAUAAUAUAAAUGGCCCUGAAAUGCUAAUUUUAGCACCAACUAGAGAAUUAGUUAUGCAAAUAACUUCAUAAGUAGAAGAAUUUGCUAGAUCAUAUAAUUUCAAAGUCACCAAUGCUUUUGGUGGACCUAAUAGAGAUUAAUAAGCUAGAUAAAUAUUAGAAAAUCCUAAUAUUUUAGUUGCAUGUCCUGGUAGAUUAAAAGACUUUUUGCAAGAAGGAAUUUUAGAUUUAUCUAAAGUGACUUAUCUUGUCAUAGAUGAAGCUGAUAAAUUAUUAGAUAUGGGUUUUGAAGAUGAUGUUAGAUAUAUUGUUGAAAAAACUAGAAUGGAUAGAUAAACUGUUUUCUUUUCAGCAACUUGGCCUAAAGCAGUUAGAAAUUUAUCAUUUGAUUUUUGUUCAGAGCAUCCAAUAUAUGUUUAAAUUGGUAGAUCUAAUCUUACAAUUAAUAAAAAUAUAGAUCAAGAAAUAAUUUGCUUAUUUAAUAAUGAAAAAUUAAAAACUUUAUUAGAUAUUUUAGACACAUUAAAAAUUAAUGAUAAAGUGCUUAUAUUUGCAGAAACAAGAAGGAGUUGUGAAUAAUUAUCUUUAGAUAUGACUAAUGAAGGAUAUUAUGCAGUUGCCCUUCAUGGAGAUAAAUCAUAGAGAUAAAGAGAUGAAAUUAUGAAAAAUUAUAAAUCUGGAGAAACCAAAUUACUUUGUGCUACUGAUUUAGCUUCAAGAGGAUUAGAUGUAUCUGAUAUUACUGUUGUAAUUAACUAUGAUUUUCCUAAAUAUUUUGAUGAUUAUAUUCAUAGAAUAGGUAGAACAGGUAGAGCAGGUAGAAAAGGAAGAGCUUUUAGUUUUUUCUCUGUUGAAAAAGAUAAACCUCAAAUGGCAAGAGAAUUAUUAAAAUUUAAUUAGGUACAUUAAAUUAAAUUUGAUUUUUAAAUCAUGUAAGAUUUGGCUAAUGGAAUAAGUAAAUUAUUAUUUUAUUAAACAUUUAGAAUAAUAAAGAAAUCCUAAUUAUUAAUAAGGACCUACUAAAUAUAAUGGUUAAAUAAUGGAUCGUAAUAACAAUGGAAAUAAUGAAACUAUAUUUAGAGUGCCAAAUUUGACUGAGGAAGAGAAAGCAAAACUAUAUUUACAGCCUCAUCAAUAUGAAACUAUGUAAUUUAUUUGCAUUUAUAUUAGUGAAAAUAGAAAUAAAUAAAAUUAUAAUGGAAGGCAAUAUCAAGGUAAACAUAAUUAUGGAUAAUAAUAAUAUAGAUAAAAUCAAAGAGGAGAAGAGAUAUUUUAUUAAAAUAAAUUUCGAAAACAAAAUCAAGUAUUAAAUAUUAAUAUAUAUUUAGGGGUAAUAUGAUUAUAAAGGAUAAUAAGAAUAAAAUUAGAAAUCAAAUAGGUUUCGUUAACAAAGUGAUUUUCAAGGAUAACGUAGGGAAGAUUAUUUAGAAUUUGAUAGUGGUAGAUAAGAUUUUGAAAAAAAUUAUUCAGGAUAUGGAAAUUAAGGAUCAAAUUAUCGUAGAUAAGAUGAUAGAAGAUAAAAUAAUGAAUAAGAUAAAUUCUAAAGAUAUUAAGAUAAUAGAAGAGAAUAAUUUGAUUAAAAUAAAGGAAAUAAAGAAUAAUUUUUUGUAAAUUAAAGAGAACAAUAAUAACCAUUUUCAAAUUAAAGAGAUUACUAAAAAAAUGAAUAAGACUUUAUGAGAAAUUAAUAAGAUUCUUAAUAAUGGUCGAGAACCUCAUAAAAUUAAUAUUAAUUUUCUAAUUAGAGACCAUAAGAAAAUAAAGAUUAAAGGAAUUUUUAAAAUGAUUAAUAUAGAACUCCUUAUAAUAAUUCUAGAAAUUAUCCAUCUGAUAAAAAUUAUAAUACAAGAAAAGCCUUCGACAAUGUUAGGGAUGAAAGAUAAUUUGAAAAUUAUAAAGAUCAAAAUUAUAGAUAAUAAAAUAAUUGGGAGGAUAGAGGUAAUAAAUAAGGAUUGCCUUAAAGAUAAUAUAAUUAAUAAGAUUCAAAAUCCUUUGCUCCAGAUAAUUAUAGAGAUAUAAACUUCGAUCAAGAUUUCCAAAAAAGAUUUUAAUAGGAUAAUAAUAGAGAAAGAUUUUCUAAUUAAUAAAAUGAUAAUUUCAGAACAAAUAAUUCAAGAAAUUUUGUUGAUGUCACUAAACCUUAAGAUGAUUUAUAAAUAAGAAAGGAUUCCUCUUAGUAAUUAGACUCCAAAGAUUUAUCAAAUCUUAAUAACUUCAACCAUGAAGUAAAUUAAAGUCAAGAUAAAUAAAAAAAUUCUGAUAUUAAUUCAAUUUAAUAAAGAAGUUUAGAUACAUAAAGAAAUUAAGAUUAGAAUGUAAGAUUACAAAAUCAACGAAGCUUUGAUAAUUUUAAUCAAGAGUAAGAAAAAGGGGCAUAUCUUAGGCCAUAAUCAUAACAAGUAUUGAAUUUUUCUAUUUAAGGGUGAUUUUUAAGCCUCUUAGAACAGUUAAAUGCCUUAAAUAAAAUAAGAAUAAUAAUUUUAUAAUUAAUAGUUUGAAUAAAAACCAGUUUAAAACAAUUUUGUCUAUGAAAAGUAAUAAAAUUAACCUUAAAAGUAAAUUUAUAAUAUAAUUAUAGUAAUAAUUAUGAUCGAUAGAUUAAUUUAAACCAAAGACCUCUGUUAGAUAAAAAAAUGGAUCAAAUACCUUAAAAUCUUGAAAAUCAAUCAAGAUAAAAUAAUUAAAGACCAAAUUUCAUUUAAUAAAAAUAUAGUGACAAUAAUAGAUAAUCUCAAGAUGAAUUUUAGAGUAUCAAUAGAAAUGAGAGAGUUCAAGAUUAUUAGGAUAAUGAUUAAAUGGAUUUUACUCGUUAUUCUAGAGAAGUGGAUGACACUAACAAAAAAUUUGAACUUGAGCAAGCACCUAAGUAUUAUUUAAAUUUCUAUUUAAGUUCAAAUUAUUUAGAGUUAAAAGAUAAUAGGAAGAAUUCAGAUUAACAAUAAAUCCAAAAUUUACAAUAAAAUGAAUUAGAUUCUUAAAUUUAAUAUUGA